UAAAUUCUUCUCUGGGGUGGGAAAAGCUUGUUUUUUGUUUUUGGUAACAGCUUUGAGUAUAACUGACAUGCAAUAAGUUGCACAUAUUUAAAGUGUGCAAUUUGAUACGGUUUGACAUGUGUGUACAUCCGUAAAGCCAUCACCCGAGAUGAGAAAAUUCACAGACUGCAAAUAAAGAUGAUCUCAAUAGGGCCUCUGGAAGAACACCUGACCUAGGAAGAGUUGGAUGAGUAUCAUAUAAGCCGUAAGGCCAGAUCUAAAGGUCGGCCCCGGGCUCCUUAUCUGACAAGUAGGGUACCCUGGCCAAGUUCGCUAUGUUAGAGUCUCGGAGCUACUCUACCCACGUCCGGAAAGCAACUCCCUGUGACCUAACCUUGACCGGGACACGCUUCUGCACUCUCCAAAUCCGACUUCUACACCUGUAUAGGACGGACCAAGUUUCUAGGUCUGCGCUCACACCAAAGUCGGAAGCUCGUCAGGGUCCGGCUUUCAAAAUCCCACUUCUCGAGUCGUCUUGAGACAGUUUGGCUCCCGGCAUGCAGUGCGGACGUCCCGGGUCGGUUCUGCCCGGAAGACGGAAGUGUAAAAACUUCCGGUCGACGAGAUCCUGUGGCGUGUGCGUUUGUUUCCCAGGUAAAACAUGGCUAAAAGCUUACGGAGCAAGUGGAAAAGAAAAAUGCGCGCUGAAAAGAGAAAAAAGAAUGCCCCAAAGGAGCUCAGCAGGCUUAAAAGUAUUCUCAAACUAGACGGUGAUGUUUUAAUGAAAGAUGUUCAAGAGAUAGUAACUGUGGUGGUACCCAAACCCAAACAUUGCCAAGAGAAAAUGCAAUGUGAGGUAAAAGAUGAAAAAGAUGACAUGAAAAUGGAGACUGAUAUUAAGAGAAACAAAAAGACUCUUCUAGACCAGAAUGGGCAGUACCCAAUAUGGAUGAACCAAAGGCAAAGAAAAAAGCUGAAGGCAAAGCGAGAGAGAAGAAAGGGGAAAAGUAAAGCAAAAGCAGUGAAAGUGGCAAAGGGUUUGGCCUGGUAGACUCUUAAGACCUUGGAAAAUGCCACAUGGGACAGGUGAUGGAUUAGAAUGUAUACACAUGUAUAACUUGAUUUCAGCUCCCACCAAAUGAAAACUAUUUGUUUUCCUAUUUUAACUUGGCCUUUUUUCUUCAAUUCAAACCCAGCAUAACUCCUCAAGUUUGUUUUGGGAACUUGAAUAAAAUACUUUGUUUCAUACAU